AUGAGAGAGAAUGGUGUCACAAGAGUGUCCUGCUCGCCUCAUUCGCAUCCACCAGACCACGCCAUCAAACUCGUUUCAUUCGCAUCCACCAUACCACGUUCACAGGCUCGUCUAAUUUGUCGCCACCAGACCACAUUCAAAGGCAAGUGUCAUUCGUCUCCACCAGUCCACAGGCGCGUCUCAUUCUCAUCCACCAGUCCACGUCCACAGGCUCGUCUCAUUCGCAUACACCAGCCCAUGCCCAUAGGCUCUCCUUUGGAAGAAUUUCCUUUCAAAUCCGUACAACGUUGCACGACAUCAGCCUUGUUUUCUAUAAAUUUCUUCUCCAACCUACGUUGCUUCUUUCAGUUCUUCUUCCCUCUUUCGUCUGAGUUUUCUUUUUUUAGUUUAAUUUUUUUUAUUUCUUCUUCAUUCUUUGCUUUUUUCAUUAUUUCUUUCUCUCUUUCUCUUUUCUUUACUUCUUUAUUUCUUUCUUGCAUUUUUCCAUUAUUUUUUUUUUUCUGCUUCGUUCUUUUUCUCCUUAUUUUCUGUUCAUUCCUUCUUUUUCGAUCUUAUGUUUCUAUUGCAUUUAUUUCUUCAUUCUUUCUAUCUCCUUUUUUGUUCCUACCUAAUUUUUUUUUCUUUUGUUUUCUCUUCUUUUCCCAAAUUCUUGCUUUCUUUUUUAUAUGUGUCUCUUUCUUUUUUUUCUCACUUGCUUCUAUUUCUUUAUCUUUUUCUUCCCUAUUUUUUAAAUUUAUUUCUACGUCAUUUGUUAUAUUUAACAGUUUAUUUCCUCAUCUUCCUAUUGGUUUAUUUGUUUCUAAUUCUGUUUUGUUUUUCAUUCGAACAUCAAAGAGAUGA